ACUAAUUACUGUAAACAGUUGAAACGAAACAAAGUUGAUUUCAACAGUACGGGCUUCCAUACCUAAACAAGCACAAAUCGACAUUUUGAGACCGAGAACAUUUGAUUUCACCACUCGAGUCACUAUUCAACUUCGUCUCAUGAGAUUUUUUAACAGAGCGAUGAUUUCUACCAGAAUCCUCGUGACAUUCCUAUAUCUCGUCGUAACAAACAUCUUUAGAGUGCAAGAAACAUUUGCUCUUCGAACUCUACAUAUUGGGGGAUUUUUUCCAUUCAGUGGAGUGUCUAAUGGAAGUGAAACCUCAACGAAAGGCGAGUUUAUUCAAGAGGCCGUUUCCAUGGCUAUAGAAGACGUUGACAAGCAAAAGGUCUUACCAACUGGCUAUAGUUUACAACUUCACGCAAAUGAUACAAAGUGCAGAAUGGGCUAUGCCUCGCGGGCUUUUUUUGAAAUGAUCAACAAAGAAUCAACGAUGAUAGCUUUACUCGGAGCGGGAUGUUCUGUGGUGUCAGAGAGAAUUGCGGAGGACUCCAAGACCUGGAAUCUUCUUAUGGUAUCCUACGGAUCAACGUCUCCGACCUUAUCAAAGAAAGAGAAAUAUCCCAUGUUCUUUAGAACAAUACCAUCCGACGCUGCGUGCAAUAAGGCUCGAGUGGCCCUUCUGAGAAAAUUCAACUGGUUAAAAGUUGGAUUGAUAGCGCAGAAUGAUAUUAUCAACUCUGAGACUACUACUGACUUACAAGAAGAAUUGGCAAACGCGAAUAUUCAAAUCCUUACCUCAGAGACCUUUGUGGAUGAUCCCGCAGCCCAAGUGAAGAGCUUAUUGGAGAAAGAAGUCAGGAUAAUUCUUGGAAAUUUUGAUGAGAAAAGCGCAAGAAAGGUCUUUUGCCUGGCGUUUCAAAACAAGAUGUAUGGUGCCCGCUAUGCUUGGCUUAUACCAGGCUGGUUUAGUGCGAACUGGUGGGAGAAACAUUUAGAUGAAGAGUCUAUAGGAUGCACCGUAGAGCAGAUGAAUAAAGCUGUAAAUAGAUACAUCUCCUGCGACAACCUAAAGAUUAAUCCAGACAAAACGACUAUAACAGAAUCUGGACAGUCUCCUAGGCAGCUAAGUUCUCGAUACCAAAACACCACUGGUAAGGUCUUAUGGGAGACUGAUGGUGGGUUUGCAUACGACGCGGUCUGGGCGAUCGCACUGGCACUGAAAAGGACAGAGGAACACCUCAGAAGAUUAAAACCCUCCCUUUCCAUAGCUAACUUCACUUAUGUUAAUAAAGAUAUCAUGGAGCAGUUCAAGGGUUAUUUGAAUAAAACCAAGUUCCAAGGCGUCACAGGACCAGUACAAUUUACAUCCAAAGGUGAUCGGAUGGGUUACAUGAAGAUUCAACAACUGCAAGAUUGGAAGGAAAGUACUGUCUCUUUAUAUCUGCAACAAAAUGAUAGUAUUCUUGACGUCCCUGCAUCUAGAUUUAUCUGGCAAGGCGCUGGUCCACCGUCUGAUAGUGCCAAGCUAAAAUCAAAGCCAAUGACCAUAUCUCCAGUACUGUAUGGAGUUGUGUGUGCAAUCACUGUUCUCUGUAUUAUCUUGGCAGUUUGCUUCUUGGUUUUUAACAUCAAACUUCGGAAUUACAGAUACAUUCAGAUGUCAAGCCCUCGUCUUAAUGACACCAUUGUUAUAGGAUGUAUCACCAUGUAUAUAUCCGUAUUUAUGUUUGGAUUGGAUGGUAACCUGAUAUCAGCCGAUCAAUAUUCCACCAACUGUCAGGCAAGAAUAUGGCUGACUUCGCUUGGCUUCACCACCGCAUUUGGCGCAAUGUUUGCCAAAUUAUGGAGGGUUUACGUCAUAUUCACCAACCGUAAAUUACGGAAAAAGGUUAUUAAAGAUGGAAAACUUUUCAUGUUUGUUGGCGCUCUGCUGUUGGUCGAUGUUUUAACCCUAAGUGUUUGGAGUGGAGUCGACCAUCUGACAAGAAAGCUACAAAACGGCACCAUUGAGCAUGGAAUGGAGUAUGACACAUUGCCUUAUUGGGAAUAUUGUGACUGCCAGCACAAGGCGAUAUGGUUUGGCGUUUUAUUUGCCACUAAGGGUCUGCUUCUUUUGUUUGGAGUGUUCCUCGCGUGGGAGACUCGGCACGUGAAAAUUCCCGCCCUAAACGACUCACGCUAUGUUGGAAUGUCUGUGUACAAUGUUGUCAUCUUGAGUGUGGUUGGUGUCCCUGCUGCACUGAUGAUUGAACAAGCGCAAGACAUUUCCUUUGCUCUUACAGCUUUCUUCGUUAUCUUCACAACCACAGUGACACUGUGUUUGGUAUUUGUUCCAAAGAAAGAAGAGGAGAUAUCUCAACUGGAGAUUCGUUUGAGGAGACGAGGCGUAACGAUUACAGAGCUACGGAGAAUAUCAAUGGCUGCUCGACGUUCGGAUACUAUACCAGAGUCGACUCCCACUUUGCUUGUCAGAGGUGAUAGGGACGACGGUGGAAGUUUUCACAUUGAAAAGGCGCCUAGCACAGAUAAUUUACCCGACUCUAAAUCUGCAGGUAAAACUGACCUGGAACCAUCUACCCCGAAACAGCGAUACUCCCCAUCGUCUUCCUUAGUUGACCACCACGGUGUUAUUCUAGGUAACGAUGUGACGAAGCCAAACACCGCCAUAGCAAAGAAGUACUCCUUGCCCCCAAGGGCAAGAAAAGAUGUUUCUCAAUUCGAGACUAGAACCAGGACCCGUUCAGCUGACAACGAAGUUCAUGAAGCUUACGAGAACCCGGUGAUCUUCACUGAAACAAACGACGAAUCGAAGAGCGUUCCUCGGAAGAAACUAUCAAUGAAUAACCGAAUAGAGAGUCUUUUUUACACAGAACCCACGACAACGGCUUCCUCUCCACCCCUCCCCUCUGUUAAAUCACGAAACACUAAGCCUAAGAAAGGAGAUGCCCCGGAUUUGAAUGCCAAUGCAUUGCCAACUGUUAAGGGAGAUUUGCAACGAAAAGGAAGUGUUGUUCUUGUGUCCAAGUCGCAAACCGGUGAAACCUGUUUCCAGGUCAAAACUCAGGCAGAGUUUAAGCCGAAGACAGAGAAAGAUAAAAUAAGGAAAUCCAUAGAAUAUACCGUUUAAUUUGUAUCAUUGAACCGUUCUAGCGUACAUUUCUGAUGUUUGUGUAGAGAUAUGCACCAUGGUUUCGUUUUUUGAAUUGGUGUUUGAGUGUUCAGGACAAUUAUUCAACCAAAGGUUUUCAUUUCCUUUCUUUCAGUUUUUGUAAUCUAUGAUAGGUUUGAAAUCUUGGAGACAUUCAAAAUCGUGGAAUUCAGCCGUGUUAUUCAGUCGCUUAGGUUUUAAGUCUUCUUCUCUCUAAAAGCUUAAAAUAUUACUUUUGUUUUCUUUUAUUAUGGAGUCACAGUAGGCUCAACCUACAGCCUGUGUAGAAUAUUUCCAAAGCACUUUUCUGGACAAGGGCAUUUUUUUUAUGUCAUUCUAAAUGGAAAGUGUGAAUUGCCAACUGAAAGGCUAUGGUAAUUGGCAAAAACCAUUUACUUUUUGUUAUAGAGAUGUCUGGCUAACAACCUUAAGUUAGAUCAUUUCCAUUUAUUUCCCAUUCACUGAAAUUCUUUAUCUACAAUAUAUAUAGUACUAACUAAAAUAAAAUAAAAUAAAUCACGGCUCUUAUUUCACAUAUUUCAUUCUAUUGAUUACAUUCUAUUAUUUUC